AUGGCUGUUCCUGACACUGUGAAUUUGCGCAACCUAUCUGGUACAUUUAAUCUCAAUAAGACCUUGUCAGACUCUUCCGAUGCGGCCUUGAAAAUGCAAGGUAUAGGCUGGGUUGUUCGCCAGGCUGUCAAAUAUUCGAACAUUACACUUCAUGUCAAGCAGUUCGUUGAUGAAAAUGGGCUGGAGCACAUAGACAAUGAGCAAGUCACAACUGGAAAUAUUCGCAACACUGAAGAGCGCGUAGUGGACUACGCGUGGCACGAGAAGGAUGACAAGGUCUUCGGAAUGGUCACUGGGCGCUCGCGGUUCGUCAAGUUGGAUGAAAUCGAGCACGACUACCUCAAGCAGGGUUGGGAUGAGAAGUUUCUGGCCGAAGGAGAUCGUGAGGUUUUCCAGAGUAUUGUGAACAGCGUAGGCAAGAAGCCCAAUUGGACUGCAGACCAGGUAUGGGGCUUCGAGGUAGUGGAUGGGCAGAAACGACACACGCGACGUAUUAUCGUCAAGAGGGGCAAGGAGGAAUACAAGCUCCGUUUGGUCUAUGAUUGGGUCGUCGAGACGGAUGGGGACAAGGAUCUGGCUUAUUAG